ACGACCUGAGAAACCACCGAAGUACAAACAGUUAAUUUAGAGUCAGAGGAGAAGCAGCAGCUGUGAAACAGUUCAUGAUUAGGAGGUUACUGCUCUGCCUUUAUUUCCCAAACUUUAGGUUUUAGUGUAGAAAGCAGAGAUGACUCUGAAAUGAUCUUAGUCUCUCAUCAUGGACGCUGUGAUGCUGCUUCUGGUCCUCCUGGCAGAUGCAGAGGAAGCAGAGAUCAGGAUGGUGCUUGUUGGGAAAACUGGAGCUGGGAAGAGUGCUUCAGGAAACACCAUCUUAAGGAGAAAAGGUUUUGAAUCCACAUCAUCUGCUGGCUCGGUGACAUCACAGUGUCAGAAGGAAACAGGAAAGUUUGAAGGUCAAACUCUGGCUGUAGUUGAUACUCCAGGUCUGUUUGACACCAAACUCCUUGAAGAGGAGGUGGUCAGAGAGAUCAGUAGAUGCAUCUCAUUAGCUGCUCCUGGUCCUCAUGUGUUCCUGGUUGUGAUCCAGGCCGGAAGAUUCACAGAAGAAGAACAAGAAACAGUGAAAAUCAUCCAGAAGGUGUUUGGAGAAAAGUCAACAGAUUACACUUUCGCCUUGUUCACCUGUGGAGACGACCUGGAUGCUGAUGGAGUCACCAUAGAAACAAUGAUCAGUGAAAAUCCAGCUCUCCGCAGCUUCAUCCAUCAGUGUGAAGGACGAUAUCAUGUCUUUAAGAAUAGAGACGAGGAUCCCUCGCAGGUCAGAGAGCUGCUGAAGAAGAUCAACACCAUGGCUGAGAUAAGUGGAAGAAGCUGCUACACCAAUGAGAUGUUCAGAGAGGCUGAGAGAGCCAUCAGAGCAGAGAUGAAGCGACUUCAAACAGAAAAUCCAAACAUGGAGCUCAAAGAAGCAAGAAGAACGGCAGAGAGAGACAACUCCUUCAUUCAAGCUGCUCUGGCUGCUGCUGAAGCUGCUGCUGCAGGACUGAAAGGUCCAGUGGCAGCUGCAGUAUCUGCUGCAGCUAGGGCUCUUCAAGAUGAUGCAUGCAAAAUACAGUGAUAAUGAAUUCUCAUGUAGCAGAAACCCAUUAAAUCACAUUAAUAUACAGACACAGGAAUGGUUUGUAAUUAUUAUUGUUUUCUUGACUCUUUUUCUCUGAAUCAUCUUUAAUUACAGACUAUUCAUUUUAUGAGAUAAGAGAAUCUUAAUUUUAAUUACCAUUAUUGAUUAAUGAUCAUGUGAUCAAUGGGACAUUCUUUAGCUCUUAGGUUCUAAACAGUAAUCCAGGUUAUAGAAAAUGUGUUGAAGCUGUGUGUAGUCUUGGAUGAUGAAUGUAACAGAUGAACUGGAAUCGACAAGUUUGCAGAAAAGCAAAUUGAUGGUUGUUAUAAUCAAAGUGUGACAUUAAAGAGCAGCAGACCAUCUGCUUUGUGUUUCCUCUGAACUUUAUCUAACAUGAUAAUAAAUAUAAAGAUACCAAAUAAACAAUUUUUAAUA